CUGGCUUUCAACGCUGUCGGUUCGUUGGUUUUCCGGACUUUCCCGCUCUCGUUCCUGUGUUGGUGUCGCGUUCUUUCGACGUUCGUUCUGCUGCUUUGCAUUCACACGCCCCCCGACCAGCCACGCCCCCUCCCAGCCGCCCCAAUAAUAUCUCCGCCGUGCGAAUGUGUGAGUGUUUUAGCAAAUGUUGAAAGGCAGUGGAGGCAGCAUGGCCCAAAUGGUGGGGCGAGGGGCAAGGGGCGCGGUGGUUGGCAAAUGAAAAGCCCGUGGAAAGCCGUGCAUACUGAGUAAUGAUUUUCGUGCGAGUGUCUGAAAAUGAAAAUUGUUUUGCUGCGCGAGUUAAAUAAAAACGAGAAAGAGUACAAUGCAGCUCAAAAAAUAAAAAAGCUGAAAUUUUGCAGAGAAACGAAACCUGGAAAUCACAAAUAAAAUGGCAGCUUCCCGUUUCAUACACACACAGUCGAAAGGAAAACUGAAAGAUGAUUUUGGCCCAUGAAUGAACUGAUAUUAGAUUUGGCAGAAGGGGAAGACCAUCAUCACCACCCCCGCCACCCACUCAUACAAACACCAUCACACACAGAUGUGCACACAUAAGAACACAAGCAAUUUUCAAAAGAUUUUGCUGGCCAAAAAAUAAAGGAAGCAGAAACGUGCCGCGCAUUCGGAGGAGAAAAAGUAUAAAAAUACAUACAGCUGCGAAAUAAAUAGCUACCAAAUAGUUAAGGAAGGAAAAAGGACAAGAGAGAGAGAGAGAGAGGGAGAGAGAGACGGAGAGAUAGAACGAAACGUGGGCGCAGUUUUUGAGAGUUGAGGGGCAACCAUCGGUGAUGUGGGACACAUCCCGCCACGGGCAAUGCAACAACCCCAACGUUAUAUACCGUCUGUAUCUGAUCUAUAUGGCACGGACGAGAUAGAACUGCUGCUGGACGAGAUUCGGGAGCUGGAGCUGGAGCCGGUCUGCUGUCAGCUGGACGAUGAGCAGGACUUUGAAAUAGCUGGCAGCAGGGCCGGCGAGCUCUCCCACUCGCACUCGCACUCGCUGUCCUUGGAAUCCCCCCUCGGAACCUGCACCUCCUGGGACUCCCAUGCCAACUACAAGCAGAGGGGCGGCCACACCCCCCUGCCCUGGGGCGUCGCCCUCCACUGUGAUCCGCAACACUUGAAAUCGCCUACAGGGAUUGUGCGCAUACUACUGGUGUUAUCCUCGGCCGCCUGUCUGGCCUGCGAAUGCUCCGCGGGCACCGUGCAGGUGGGCCUCUUUCUACUGCCACUCAUCGGGCGCCUGAGGCUGAUGGUCUUCUGCGCGCUCUUUUCGCUACUCAUCACGUGUCUCAUGCUCUUUCUGGAUAUAUCGCAUAUAGCGCUGAUGUUCCCAUUCAACUGGACUAAAGUGAAUACGUGGAUGUACCUGAGUGUUGGUUUGAUAUUUAUUUUGAGCUCCACGCUGCUUGUCCACAUGGUGCUCUAUGCCACUGAAUACACAUGGGUAUCGAAGCACUCCAAGGACACGCUUCUGGCCACUGGGAUAAUUGGCUAUCUGUGCGCCCUGGAGGCAUUUCUUCUGUCGGGCAUCGCAUCCUGGCCGUGGACUCAGUACCGUCAGGUGCCCGACGAUGCCAGCGAAUUGUUUAUCGAGGACCGCGAGAUGACGCCGAUGAGUCCCAUUAAUUGUAGCACCGAUCUGCAGGCGACGCCAUAUCAUCACAAUGGCAAUGCGACCACGUCGGAUCUGUAUAACCAACAACAACAAUCGUCCUAUAAUCAAAAGCCUUAUAUACCUGGUAAGGAACAUAGCAGCAUCCAUUUUGUGUACUAUCCAUGGGAUAGUAACCGGUCUCCGUCUCCUUUGCAGCCAAACGACCCAAUGAGCUCAACAAUCAGCGUCCAGCAUUGGGUCACACACAAACCGCACGGUCGAAACCCAAUCAGCGCUAUAGAGAGGGCUACCACUAUCACACAUCCCGCCAGAGUCCCACUUUCGUGCUGGGCGAUGAUCAGGGUGCCGGUCCAUCCACGUCCCGUUCCAAUGAUAACUCCAGUGCGUGAUAGUUCUUGAUGCCUCAGCCAGACGAAGGACAGGCGACCGGGGAAGGGGAAUAGUUACAGAGAUCUCUCAGCCAUUCAAUUCGGGAAAAUCAAUUGGAAGCAUGUUGAAGCACUUUGGUCGCUGUAGGAGGUGAACAAACACAGCGGAAGCCACACAAAAGCAAAAGGAAAGACAAAAUUGUUAAUUAGUUUAAACCACAAGCGAAACUCGUCGGGAUUAGAAGUUGAGACACCAACAGAGGAAAUAUUUAAGCAGCCGAGCAAAGCAAACAAUAAUAAAUUUAAUAUACAUUGUGUGUGUAUGUGUACUACAAGCCGAGAGAGAAAUUUAAAGAAUUUAAGCCACAAGAAAUUUGAAGCGCAGAUCAACCUGAUCUACGCCCACUUGGUUAGUUAUACGAACACCAACACCAUUGAAAUUGGUCAACGUCGAGCUAUAACUAAAAACGAUAUUAAAUUGGUAACUAUACGGUAUCAAGGUAACGCGCGAAAAUUGCAAGCAAAAUUUAAGAUUCGAAAUGGAAGAGCAUGAGCAUGGAAAUGGAAAUCAACUUGUUAUAAACGUAGUUUUGCUUAUUUUUUAAUAAAAACAAAUAAUUCAAGAAAAACGAA